UCUCCUCCCCGGGACUGCAACUGUUCCCAGGCUGGGGCGAUCGCCGUCACCCCUGAACUUCCCCUUUCCUCUUUUCGGCCGCCCUCCCUUUCCGUUGUCCCUUCGCACCCCAAACCACAUCCUGGAGCGCGCCCUCCCGCGCGUCCAGCAGCGGGGACGGUGCACCGGGGGCGAAGGCCUGAGAGUCGCGUGCGCAGCCCCUUGCUCCAUUCCCCCUCCCCGCCCCAGGCCCACCCCCAGGCGACGCUGAUUGGGCAGGUAGGGACUCUGCCCAGCGGAAAGUUUUGGGUGCCGGGAGGAAGUUCAACCUUCGGGAGACUCCAAGACAGCAGCUCCGGGGGUCGGCGGGGGUCUGGUGGCCAUGGAGGAGCCCCCUGUGCGAGAAGAGGAAGAGGAGGAGGGAGACGAGGACGAGGAGAGGGAUGAGGCUGGGCCCGAAGGGGCGCUGGGCAAGAGCCCCUUCCAGCUGACCGCCGAGGACGUGUAUGACAUCUCCUACCUGUUGGGCCGCGAGCUCAUGGCCCUGGGCAGCGACCCUCGGGUGACGCAGCUGCAGUUCAAAGUCGUCCGCGUCCUGGAGAUGCUGGAGGCGCUGGUGAAUGAGGGCAGCCUGGCAGUGGAGGAGCUGAAGAUGGAGAGGGACAGCCUCAGGAAGGAGGUGGAGGGGCUGCGGAGCCAGGGCCCUCCGGCCAGCGAGGAGGUGAACCUGGGCCCAAACAAAAUGGUGGUCGACCUGACAGAUCCCAGCCGACCCCGCUUCACUCUGCAGGAGCUGAGGGACGUGCUGCAGGAACGCAACAGACUCAAGUCCCAGCUCCUGGUGGUGCAGGAAGAGCUGGCGUGCUAUAAGAGUGGCCUGAUUUCACCAAGAGAAGGCCCAGAAGGAAGAACAGAAAAAGAUGCUGUAGUUACCAGGGCCAACAAUGCCAGCAGGAGCAAGGAGGAGAAGACAAUCAUAAAGAAGCUGUUCUCUUUCCGAUCGGGGAAACAGACCUAGAUCCAAGGCCACACCUAAGGCUAUGGCUCUGACUCUAGGACACCACCCUCCAAGACACCUUGCAAAGCCCUCUCCGUGCCACACAUACACACUGGGCCUGUGUAUGUAUUUCCCCUUCAAAACAGACUAAGGAUGAAGGAAACAAGGUUCUCUUGGCACCACUUUCUCCCUGGCUGUGGGACUGGACACGCUUGAAGAUUCGGUCUGGGCCAGUGAAGCAGAAAUCAAGAAAUACAGAAGGAUGUGCGGCGGGGCCCACUUCCUGCUCCCACGUCAGCGCCCAGGCCCUCCAGCGUGCAGACGCGUGUCCUGCUCAUCUGCUCCCAGGGAUGACCCUGGUCUUUUAUGUUUAGCAGAAGGGAGAAAAGAAAGCAGGAAAAUGUGCUAUUGAUAUUCCAGUGGUGACUUCACUGAUAUUUAGUGAAUAUUUGAUUUAGCAAACGUGCCUUUCUUUAUGUGAUUUUGUAUUAAAGUCAAAUGACUCUAUACUUUC